UUUCGAUAUCGUUUAAACCAAUUCUUUAGGAAGAAACGCUAGUGGACGCGUGGGGGAAAAAAAAAUCAGUAUUUGUGUCUUCGUUAGUGGAAGGACUCGCUGCAGUUUUCAUGGCGAGGGUCUGCAGUGAUUCUGUGAGGAGUCUCUUGAUGUCUGACAAGCAGACAAUCGUGUCAAACAUCAUUAUUAACAUUGUUAGCAGCUAGAGAGAGAUACUUCUGUAUUAUAGAGCGCUUGAAAAUGAUACGGUGUGGGCAGGAGUAAUCAUCAGGUGCCGUUUAUUGUAGUUAUGUGUUUGAUUUCCUCCAACAAGCGGGGCAGUCGGCCAACAAAGGCUAGCCUACCCAUUGUGAUGUUGUUGAACAAUUGGUGCUUCUAUUGAACUCUGUGUCAUAAACAUUUCCUGACAGCGGUCAUCUGACCGCAGUGAAAUAAUCGAAGUGGCACUGUCAGAAUUCAUCAAGUUCUGCCCAUUAAAGGUGUAGUCGGCUCCGCACGGGCCGGGCAGUGCUGGGGGAUUUGUCAAAUGAAAUCUGGUCGUUGUUUUUGACAAUGACACAGUCAAAAGCAAAGUGUUUUGUAUUCCUGAAUGCCGCGGCACACGAUUUUGUCGAAACGACUGAACAACAAACGCAGUGACAUCGGGACGGGUGCAGCGAUCGUGUUCAGAAGAUGUGGUGCUGGUCAUUCGGACAGGCAGAUGUCUCUUGUGAAAGGCGACGGGUUUUGAAAGGAAAAAAUCGUAGAUGUUGCGAUCUCGAAAGGUCUUCUUAGCAAGAGACGAGUUUUAUUUUUUGCCCUCGGGAUUUUCUACAAACCUUUUUUUCAGAAGUAGGAAUUUUACAUUAACGUCACUUGUCCAGGUUGUUCAUCUGUUUUUGUGUUGCCAAAAAUAUCUAUAUUUGCUUCCUGGUGUCUUAAACUGUCCACAAUGCAAACAGUGUAUUCUGUAUUGAGUUGCGGUUUCUAAUGGGAAAACCCUGAACCACUAUAUGUUUUGCAGAAACUGUUUUCCUAGAUCUCUAACAAAAGAUCCCCAAAAUGUAUACAUGUAUUAAAGACGUAUCAGGCUUGAGUUCACCUUUUUUGUAGGGGGGAGAAAAUAAAGAUGCUUUGUUUCUAAGUUUCUAAGGUAAGAAAAACAAGAUUUGUUCGAACAGAAGAAUUAGUACUGUCGGCCUUUCAGCGCUCAAGUCACAGAUAAGACCUCUUGACCUGACCACUCUAAUGAGCUUUAUUUGUCUGGGGCACCUAUUGUGAUGUCACACAGGAGUCAGGAGUUGUUUCAGUGAUGUCACUGUUAUGGGGAGGUUGCUGGACAACGUUGCUUGUAGGAGUAAUGAAAUGAUUGGGGGAAAAACAGGCCAACAGCACUAAAAGUUUACAGCAUUAAGACAGCAAGGGAUCUCCGUCCUGCUGUUGAAAAUUAGCAGAGGGCAGCUUAACAUGCAGGCAGUCCAUUAUUUGGGGUUUAAUCAAAGAUUACGGUAAUUUGCCCUGCUUAACGAAACCAAUAUGUGGUUAUUCCAGAAGUUCAAAACUUCCCCCACAGUUUCAGGCUCCUCCUGUCCUUUUCCAGGCGACUUAAGUAUCACAUUAUGCAAUCGCAAUGUCGCAAGUAAUAUGACAUCAAAACAUUGUCUGCUUGAUAGUCUUUAAUUGCAUAAAUCGUCUAGACUUUGUAGAUGGAAGUUUUUAUUGCUAAACUUUCUCUUUCUUAUGUAACUAAGCCUAGUCGCAUUGUGCCAUUAGAAUAUGUCACAAGCUGACAAGUCUCGUAAAUGCAGAUCAUGAACAAUUUUUCAGUCUUCUAUUGACCUAAUUCUGCGUUGCAGAAUAUCGCAGCAGAAACGGACCUUUUCUCUUUUUCUUUCAUUAUGCAUCUGGUUUUAAUGUGAAUGUUAGCAGGAAUAUGUACAAGAGCUAGUUUACCUUCCUAAUGUCUGUGCAGGAAUCUGCCAUGUUGGUCACUUUUAUAAACCAACGUUCUUUUUGCUUAUUGAUGCAUUCAGAAGCUUUGCUUUGAGCCAGAAUAUCGCCCAUAUAAAUGUGCUUGUCAACCAAGGUGCUUGCUUCCUUCACACACAGCCUCUUUGGAAUAUGUACAUGCAGCUAAUGAGUCUGCAUCUACUGUAGGAGUUUCUUGUGCUUGCAAACAAAAAAGAUGACUAUAUCGAUAUUAGCAACACUUGUUGAAAUAGUCACUGGAGUGUGAAGCAUGAUCUGUGGAAUACUUGUUUCCAUUUCUCUUAAUUGUUUCAUUGAACAGAAAAAUCCUUUGAAUUUCUACAGAAUUUCUUAAAAAAAACUGUCCUUAAGUAUAAGCUUAAGGCUAUCAUGGUAAAGAGACAGUCAAAACCUUUUAAAUGCAUAAUGCAAACUUCCAUCUACAAAACAGUUUAAUAUGGUGUAGAAAUAGAUUCACACGGAGUAUGUCUUCAUGGCCUCCUUGCAUAUGCUUGUUGCUUUUUGGAGAAAAAAAAAUGAAAGUUCAAAUUUUAAACUACUGUACAAGGUGUUCAAUGAAAAAUUAGAGACUGUCCACUAAUUCUGUUUAAUAUCGGGCAAGAGGCUGCCCGAUGGUGGGGGGUUUGAGGGCCAGACCAUGUCAGUUGGAUGCCAGCUUUAGGAAGGGGUACGUUGUGUGGGGGGCGUAAUUCCCUCAUAGCAGCCCGGGCAGUGAAGCUGUUAAAACAGGAAUUCCUGGACCCAGUGCAGGCUAACGCCAUGCGCUCUGACACCCUCGGGGCAGAACUGAUGACUGGGGGGGCUCCGGCGGGGACAGCAAAAUGAAGGAUUCGGGAAAAAGGGCGAGAUGAGACAACGCAUCUGGGCUGGGACCAUAGGCGUGGUGGGCUGGACUCUAGACCAGAGAAGGACAGAAGGUGGGGGCUGGGUGAGUGGGCAGAGAUUUCAGACAAGGGCGCUAGAGGUCAGCAGCAAAUUCUAAAGAGGGAACUGAAAGGGGAGAAGUGGCCGUGGUUAUUCCGGAGCUCAGCUGAGAGGCGAUGUCAGGAGAGCCUAAAGAAAGGGAAAACACCCGGCUCCUUGCACCUGCUGUGGUGUUUUCUUCAGGGAGGCUGAGGUUGAAGGGCUGCUUGCUCGAGUUGGCGAGGAAGCUCCGAAUCCCGCCCGAGUUUAGAGAGGGCAAACAAUGGCCGCAUCGCUGAAUACAGCUGUGCACGGAAAGGUGGCGCGCGCUAAGGAGGAUGAAAUUUGAGCCACACAACCGGCAGCAGCAGAAAAGCGCAAGAGCGGCUAAGGUUGUGAAUUUGUGAUACUGCAGAACAGAGCUGCGACAGAGCUUCAUCAUGGGAAGUGUGUUCCUGUCGCCGAACCAAGCCAACUCCUUGCUGAAGAGGUUCCCCCGAGCAAACAGCUUGAUGGAGGAGUUCAAGCAAGGAAACAUCCAGAGAGAGUGCAGGGAAGAGAUCUGCUCGUACGAAGAGGCAAGGGAGGCCUUUGAAAACGAUGAGAAGACAAGGGUGUUCUGGGAUGAGUACGUCCGGGAGAGCAGCCCCGGCAGCAGCCUGGACCUGGGGAGCAGCCGGUUCCACUCCGUCUACCUGGUGGUCCCGCUCCUGACCGCCCUGGCCCUGAUCGUCAUCGUGCUGGUGGCCGUCUGGCGGUGCCACUCCCGCAAGCUCUUCCAGAGGGGCUCCGCCUUCGGCCCGCGGCGGGAGGGGCCGGGCCGGCCGGAGCGCGCCCUGUCCCUGGAGCCCAUGGACCGGCUGGGCCCCCAGUGCUACUACCCGGACGCCUCCCCGCCGUCGGACCUGACGCCGGGCCGGCUGUCCGGCGGGGACCCCCCUCCCUCGUACGAGGAAGCCACGGGGCGCGUGGAGGUGCGGAUUGAAGCCGGAGCCGCGGACGCAGACCCGCCCCCCCAGUACGACGACAUCGUGAGCGCCGGUCCGAACAGCAGCGUGCUCGUAGGCGACGUGAAGUGAAAGCCCCCAGAAGCGGAGCUACCUCUAACGCCUUUUUUUGUUUUGUUUUCCCUUCUGGUUUAAAUUAAUGUUCUGCUCUGAUUCCGCUCGGUUGAAUGACAUCAGGUGUGUGCCGUCUCGGCCUCCCCGAGAAUAACCGCGCAGGCUUUCAACGCCUUAAUCCUGAGCCGCUGUUUUUACCUCAUCGCUGCCCGAGGUUUAAUUUUAGAAGCGAUCUGGAGUGGUGACCUGGUGAGAAGCUCCGUGUACUGGCAGUUAGCACAAGCUGCCUGCGCCCUUAGCAUGACAGCUGGUUACUUUGCUGGCCUUUGGUUCCUGUUACUGAAUUUGGAAAGGGUCGUAUGUUUGAUAUGCGUUUAUAGUGUAGAAUUGUGAUUGAACGAAAGAACAACAGUGCGGGUUUUUGCCUACCACUCGUACACAGGAGGCUGGGAUGUUUUAUGACUCUGACUCUGAAGGGGGUGGGCUCAGGAUGACCCCCAUCUGCUUCCCCCACAAUUGAACAAUUGUGUGCACAGUAGGGCCUCUUACAUUGAGCAAAAUACUGAUACAAGUACUAAAAAGAGUCUCGCUGGUUGAUUUGGAAGCUCUGGUUUUUCGGGAGCCCUGGGGAUGGGGGCUGGGAUGGUAUUCCAAAUGUCAAGACCGAAGCUGCGAUAAAGCUGCUGGGGAAUUUUGCCCUGAAGUGAGAAGUAGCAUAUGAACCUCAAAACCUCUCGGUGUAACUUUAUCUAUGGGAUCUUUAUCCCAGCUCCUCAUAGAAAGACGCAGGCUUUUCAGUGACGUUUAAAUAGAAAAGUAUGAGCCAGAGAAGGAAGAGUUUGGAAAAGCAGGUAGUUAAAGUGUAUAUAAAGCAGAGAAAAUGGAUUGGCACACAGUCACAUGGAAAUCAAGGGAGAAUGUCGGGAUACUUACCCAUUGCUUUUGUCAUCUUAUAGUCAAUAUUUUGUUUUAGAUGUUACGGUGAUACACCCCAAGGCAUCCUUAAAUGUAACCUUCUCGAAUACUUUUGUGAUGCUCUCACAAAAAAAAAUCUGAAGGCAAACAUUUAAUCGUUUUAUCACUGAGGAGUGGAAAAGGACAUAUCUACCAAGUGUAGUUGUUAACUUUGCGGUGUAGUGCUUUCACACUUACUGUAAACUGGCCAACAAGCGAAAGCUUGAAAUAUACAGGAGCCAUGAAGAUUUUUCUUUUAUUUACAAAUGGAACAUGUAAACACGCUUUACUUAACUACAUCUUAGGCUUUCCUAGCAUCCCUCAGUAAUUUGUUGUAAUUAGAGGGGAAUUAUAGAACCAUGUUUUACAGAAAGAAUAGCUUUUAUGUCUAAGAUGAUUAAAGGUUACAUUGUUUAUUUCAAUGUCUGUGAUAAGGACGAAUUUUAUACUGAUUUUCUAAUAAGAUAUUAAAUUAGAUUAUAAAGUACAUUAACAGUAUUAGUUGACAUGAAAGCAGCAUUAGUAUUUAAACACCUGGCUUGUGUUUUAAGUAACUUUCAGCUGGCUAAAUAAAGCUAACCUCAGACAAAUGAAGAGCAAGUUUCAAGAAAUACUUUUAUAUUUUGAUAUGUUUAAUAACAAUGAGCUUUGAAAACAGCCAUCUGCUUUUAGCUUGGGGGACCUACAGUAACUGUUGAAUGAUCCAACAGGUGAUUUUUGUAUUUUGUAUGUGAUGUUUUGCUAUGAAGCCUGUGUUUGGUGUUUAAAAAAUGCAAAUUGGUUAUGAAGGUCGAGGCAGACACAGCUGAGCUCCCUAGUAGAGACCCGGGACAAUUCCAAGCCCUGAUGAGUACACUAUAGAGCCUCAGUCUUCAGGCACAACGUAUUUUGUUCAAACGUUUAACUGCAGCCAGCAAAUCCAUUUUCUGGGUAUGGUUGGAGACUGAGAUCCCUUUAAAUUGCAUGUGUUCGCUUUGGCUUAGAACUGAUCUUUUGGAAAUACAUAUGGCUCAAUAACAUUUUGCUGGUGUGAAAACUGAAAGUGUAACGGGAUGUUUUAUCUCCUUCAGAUCCUGUUUAUUCAUCCCUCCUGCCUUGUUUGUAUGUUUGCUUUUUUGUGUUUGUUUUGUUUUCAAAAUGAAUUAAGAAAAUGUAGAUCCUAAUGACUCAUUUUACCUAGGACAAGAGGCAGAGAAUGAAUGAAUUAAGAAAAUGUAGAUCCUAAUGACUCCUUUUACCUAGGACAAGAGGCAGAGACAGUGGUCAGAGUCAGAGCAGACUGGUGAAGAGAAGCUAAUUGAAUCCUUAACUAUACUAGGCUGGACGGCAGGUACCGUAGUUGCCAGUACAGUGUUCUUUGGGGGGGAAAAAAACACUCAAAAAUGGCUUUAAUGGGAAAAAGAGCUGUGGAUGUAUGGAAUAAGAAACCAGCCAUGUUGUUGAAGCUAAUACCUUGACUUACAGUAAGUAACAACUGGUCGAGAUACAUAUGCUUUCUUCUGUUCAUGUACAGUAUACUGUAAAGUAUUGCUAGGAAACAAAAACGCGUUCCAGCAUUUGUUUAUUUUGAAAACACACUUUAUUUUGUCCUAAAUGCCCAGCUUUGUGGUAGCUAGUUACUGCCUUAUCAGUGCAGCUGUUACCUUUUUUUUUAAUUAAUGUUUAUGAAAAGUAAAACUCAUGUUUAAAGAGUUUUGAUUCUUCAUUUAUUUUAAGGAAGCUGCUGACAUAAUUUUGUGUUGCAGAGUUUAACUUCAUAUUUAAAACAGAGAUAUGUUGCUCUUUGAGAGAAUUGUGAUUCUAAUAGUUGCAGUUAAUACCUGAAAAUCUCAAAAUUGACCUUUCCUUACGAGACAUUGCUUCUGUACUCCCCCCGGUGAUUAGUAGACAUUGUACAGCUGAUGGACUGGAAUGGGUUUUCAACCAAAGUAGAAAGAAUAAUCAUUUACCAUGGUUUUGAACAACAGUAAAACCUCCAUCGCAGUUGCUGCUUUAAGAAAGAGACAAAUGGUGUAUUACUGAUUCAAAUUUACAACAAAAGGUUUGCUUUUUAUACCUCUGUUUAUGUCAUCUGUACGAAACUGUUUAUAUUGCAUGGUCAGUUUGAUGAUGAAAUUAUCAACAUGGAUCUUAUUGCUUUUUUAUGGAUGUGAACCACUGUUUUCUGGUUUGCAAGUUUCUAAAUAAUACUUUAUGCAUCGUGAUAAUUAGUGCUUUUUUGAAAAGAAGAUUUUAAAACACGAUGACAUGUCUUCAACAUAAUCUGAUCUCCCUUAACGCGGAUGUAGCCGAGGGCUCUCAACAGACAUGGGAAGGUCUGUCGGUCUUGGGGAAAUGGGCUCACAUCUGAAUUGAUCAAUGCAGUGCAGUGCAACCAAAGACCUGUAUUUCUAAGUUGCAGUUGAGGUGAUUGAAUUAUGUUAGCGGCAUUGAUUUUGCUUGAGUGUGUGAAAUAACGCCCUGUUUAAGAUAGUGCUAGUGGAGUUUGACAGCUUCCCUUGUUGACUCAAAUGAAAUGUACCCCCCUGUUACCAGACGCAAACUUGAUUUCAAACCAAUAGUUAUCAGUGUUGAUCCAAUUGCUGCAUGUUCAGCCACAGUUGUCCACACUGUUGCCAUUGGCCCCACUUGGCUUUUCCUUUUCUAAAAUAAAAAAGCAAACCAAAAAAGGGAGGUAAAAUUAAAGCUGUAUGUCUCAAUUUCACGUACAGUAACUCAUUUUCAGAUGUAGGCCUGUUGGAGUAACGUCAGGCUGACGGGAUGAAUGAUGUUUACCUUUUUAAAGUAAAGAGCACAGCAGCAGUAUCUGUUCAUUUUGAGCUUGUAUACUUUUAGAGAAACGUUUGUGAAGUGCCUUAUUUCUUAAAAUCAAUCAGUAAUUGUAUUCACUGAAGUUAAAAAACACAUGUUUUUAGAAAAGUGCAGUGUUUAACACCAUUUGUAAUAAAACUUUUUCAAAACGCGA